AUGGCGGUCAGCGCGAUCGCAGUCAUCGCGCCACUCGACGGAGCAUUCUCCGAAGGUAGCGCGGACUACGAGGCUGUCACCAGCUUGUACGAUAUUCCGGAUGAAUUUGUGUGGGAGCGCGAACGGGGGGUUACACACGUAUACGGGCGUCGCCUGGGCGGCGCCGGGCGGGAGACUCUCUGGAUGCACUUUUUGGCUGUGGUGCCCGCAGCAGACAUCCCCGGCCGCCAACCAAACUGGCAGAAAUGGGGCUUCGUCCUCAUAUGGAUUCCAAAAACCGAAAAGCCACAAACAGACAACCCGCCCCCUUACCCUGCCGCGGCGCCCGAAAAGACAUACACGGUCGCGGCCAUCGUGUUCGAGCCUCCCGUUGAAACGCUGCAGCGACUCAUCAGCUUCGGCCAGUCUGCCAACUGGACCGAUGCAGCCGUCGACCCUUUUGUCUUGGUCGACAUCGCACUCGCGUCGUGGUAUCACCGCGUCGACGAUGUGGCGUGGCGGGUCACACACUUGGUCCGGGAGGACGAGGUGGACAUCUUCCGCCGAACGGGGAUGCUCCGGUCGACAGACGACGCUGCCGUCACCGACUUGGACCUCCACCGCAUCCACACGAGCGCGAAGAACGCCAUCUUUAUGGAGGAGGCGUUGCGGGCCGCUAUUCGACUGGUGGAUUUGGCCGUGUCAGAUCACGAAUCCCUGUUUCAUUCGACAAGACUGAGGAUCCUAAGCUGCCAGGCCAGAAUCAAGAACACCGUGGAUCUCGCCUUCCACAUCAACAUGGCACACGACAGCGCCGUCAACCUCGAGCACAGCCGCAGCGUCCGGCUGAUGUCCAUCCUCGGCCUGGUGUUCAUCCCCUUCAGCGCCGUCACGUCCGUCUUCGGCACGCAGUUCUUCAGCCCCGCCGACGACGGCCGCCACAUGCAGGUCAGCGCGGACUUCUGGAUGCUGUGGACCACCGCGCUGCCGCUGACCCUCGUCAUCCUGGCGGUCUGGUGCGCCACCGAGCGCCGCGAGCCCCUGAAGUGGCCGGCGCCGGCGCGCUUUCCCCUGCCGCGCUGGUGGCCCGAGGCGGCGGCGCGGAAGGGGAUGGCGGCGGCCCGGGGCAGCGGGGGCGGGAUGUUGGCGGCUGCGACGGAGCUGAGGAAUCUCGGUUCUCAGAUUGUGUGA